AUGAAGUUAAUCCUCUUAAUUUUGAGUAUAACCCCAUUAAUAUCGUCUGGAGUUUUAAGGGAUAAAACUCCUCCCUCAACAAUUUCUUCAAACAUCGAAAAUUUCUUUAAAUAUUUCGACGACAACAAAGAUUCGUUAUUUUCAAUCUACAAAAACGCUCGAUUUAUUACGAAUAUCCUCGAGUACACUAACGCGCCCUUAAUGAACACCAUCAAUGAAUUAAUUCCCCACGAAUCAACCAUAAUCGGCCGAUCAAUAAGAAGUUUGGAUUCGAUUAUUAAUGAAGUCCAAAAUUCAGUUGAUUAUGUCCCAAAAAUGAUAAACACCAUGAUAGUACCUCAAGUGUUGGAAAAAUUGAAAUUGGGAUACGAAGAAUUCUUUAUUUCCGGAUUAGGAACACAAAUUAUGGAACGAAUCGAUUUGGAGAAAAUUAAAACAAUAUUUAUGGACGAAAAAAGUCGAAAUUUUAGUUACGACAAGUUCGUUGAGUUAAUGGAAAAUCACGCGUUUAGGAAAUAUUGGAUAAAUGAGGCUACGAAGGAAAUAAGAAGGUUCAUUUCGUUUUAUGUUGAUCCAAAAACACAUGAAAAAUACGUUACAUUAACUUUAAGCACCAUAAACAAUUUCAUCGGGAAAUUUGGUUUUCCCAAAACAAAAUUUAAUAAUCUAAAUGAAACUAUAAUACUUUUCAUUAAUGAUGUUUUUAAAAUUGAAAGCGAAAAGUAUAUUCAGCCGUUAUUUAAUUACUUCAACAAUUUAGUUUCGAUUAUUAACGAUAAAGAAAUACUUGAAGAGACUUUAACCAACACCGUAAACAUGGAUAUAAUCGAACCAACUUUAAGAGUAAAUAGAGCUUAUAGAUUUAUAAUCGAAAAUCCUUAUUGUGAUCGAUACGUCAUGUGCCUCGUAAAUGCCGAAGAAAAGGACGAUCCUAAAUUACCCGGGGUAAAAAAGGUGCUUAGUAAAACUGCUAGUUUGAUCGCCAGUUGGUUUUUAGCCGGGAAAAGUCAAUCUUCAUUUGGAACUUUGUAUAAAAAUAUCGUUGAUUUUAAUGAUUGUAACGAAAUUGAUGAAUCGCGAAAUUGUUUACAUUUUCACGUCGAAGAAAUGAAAGUUAAACAACCUUACAUUUAUGUACAUAAAGAAUUGUAA